AUGUCCCACGACCACCACGAGCCUCAGGGCAUUGGUUCGGCCACAAACAAGGCUUUUGCGCAGGAUUACUGGUUCAUUGUCGCCGGCGUAGUUGGCCUGGGCGUUGCUGUCCGGGUUGUGAAUCACAUCGAGGCCAAGUCAAGAUUAAAAUCCUGCCUCGAUGCUUCAACUUCCAAGUAUCCCACGAUACCUAGAACCAGACUGUCGCAAUUCUGGGCCACCGCGACCGCCGUUGUCCGCGAAAUACGUCACCCGCAGUUCUACAUUCCGAUCCGCGGCCUACGAUGGGCCACGCCCUUACCGCUGGGUCGAAUCCUCGUCCUGCUUGCCUACUGGGCCGUCGUCGCAUACAUGAUGGGAUGGAAUGUUGUCGAGGACGACGUCUACUACUGGGAACGGAUUGGGUACCGCAAUGGAUGGGUGACAGUGGCACAACUACCGAUGCUCUACCUCUUGGCUAUGAAGGUCAACCCAAUUGGUCUUCUCAUCGGUUCGAGUCACGAGCGGCUCAACUGGCUGCACCGCUGGGUCGCCCGUACGAUGCUCAUUACCGCGACUGUUCACGGAUUCCACUUCUGGACCAUGUGGGCGCGCGCUGACUUUGUCGAGUAUGCGCUGGAGACGACGCCCCUUGUCAAGUACGGCAUCGGGGCGUGGGGUAUCUUGCUAUGGCUCUUUGUGACGGGCAUCUUGCCCUUGCGAAGAAUUGCAUACGAGAUAUGGGUUGCGCAGCACGUCAUCGCGUCCAUCGUGAUGCUAUGGCUGGUACACGUCCACAUCCCCGAUUCGGCGCGGUACCUCUUAUGGAUGUCUGUUUCCUUUCUUGUCUUUGAUCGCGCCGCUCGAUGGGCGCUGUUGGGUUGGCGCAAUAUCCGAUUACGGCCAGACAAGAUAUCGUGCCAAGGGCAGAAGGGCUUCGGCCACCAUGUGUCCGUGCAGGCGGUGGGGGAGACGACGACUUUGGUGACGGUUAAGAACGUCCAUUUUGCCUGGAAUGCCGGGCAGCACGUCUACCUCUGGCUCCCGCGGGUCGGGCUGCUGGAGGCGCAUCCAUAUACGAUUGCGUGCGCACACCAGCCCACCACUGGACCGGACAUUUGCACCUGCAACAGCGUCCAGCUGAUUGUGCGAGCACAUGGUGGCUUCUCCAAACGACUCCUCGCGUACGCGAAAGCACACACCGACUCCCCAAACUUGACUGGGUUUCUGUCAGGGCCUUAUGGAGUCCCGCCGCUCUGGGAGGCUUACGACACUUUGGUUCUUGUUGGAGCUUCGAGCGGAGUGAGCUUCACUCUCCCUAUACUUGAGAGCGUCGUUCGAAUGGCCAGCAGCGAGUCAAAAACCGUGUGCGUUCGAAAAAUAGAGAUGGCAAUGGUUGCAAGGAGGGGCGAAGAAAUCGAGUAUUACGUCAACCGAGCUCGAUUGGCAGCACGUGAGGCUCGGCAGAAGGCAAUCGAGGUCGUGCUCCAUGUUGCCAUCACAGGCGAAGAGCAGGUCCACCAAGGGCGCGAUAUACCGACUAGAGAUCCCAGUAUAGACCGCAGCAUCAGCGAACCAGUGACCGACCGUUUGGACGGGCCGGUCAAGGCUCCUUGCACCGAGAAGUGCCAUGGGUGUUGCGAGGCAAAAGAGAAGGCGGCGGAGGAGGCUGAGGGGAAGAAUACGAGUGAUGGGUCGGAAGAACGAACGUAUACGAGCAGACCGGAUAUCGAAAAAGUCAUCAGGGAGCCAGUCGAAGCGGCAUGGGGCGAGACAGCGGUCGUGGUUUGCGGCGGCAAGGAGCUUACUGCUCGCACAAGGAACUGUGUGAGCCGGCUAAGCGACGAGAGAGCAGUACAUAAGGGGACAGGCGCGCAAGGUAUAUAUCUGCAUGUCGAGGAGUAUGCAUUCUAA